AUGAGCCCGACGCCUCCCUCCACAACCUCUUCAAGCAACGGUCCUUCCCCCGAAGGUCAGUACAGAGUCGUUCGAAAACGAAAUCGAGUGCCUUUGUCCUGCGGUCCUUGUCGGCAUAGGAAGUUGAAAUGCAACCGUGCGCACCCCUGUGAGAACUGCGUCAAACGCGGGGAUGCCCAUUCCUGCACAUACGCUCAGACCAAUUCUCGAAGGAAGAACUCCGCGAACCAAGCUGCUUCGACCUCCCCUGAUGACAUGCAGAACAGAAUCGACCGACUAGAGGGUCUGGUAUUAUCACUGAUGACCAAUGGGUCGCAAUCCGAAGGCCCUGCAGCCGCCAUGGCAGCAAUAUCCGGAACGAGCAGUAGCACGGGAUCUGGACAGCAUGUCCAUGAUUUGGACAUUGACGAUGAUGCUCCUAUUCAGGAGGAAAGCGAAACCGAGCAAGUUACCAAGUCAUUUGGUAUCAUGAAAGUGGAUAACAACAAGUCGUAUUACAUCAGCGAUGCGCACUGGGCGUCUGUCCUUAGUGAGAUAUCCGAGGUGAAGAAUUACUUCCACACGCAUAAGAAGCAAUAUGAAGAGCAAGCGGAGAAAUUGAAGGCAACCAAACUUCCCACUGACGUUCCUGGCUCUACCCUGCUUUUCGGGGCCAUGAAAGUUACCAGCAGAGCUGAAAUCAUGUCUUCGUUCCCUUCGAAAUACACUACAGAUAUGCUCAUAGCGCGUUAUUUCAACUGCUACGAUCCUGCUACCCACUUUCUUCACGGCCCUACUUUUCAGGCCCAGUACAAUAAACAUUGGGAAGACCCUUCCCAGACCUGCAUUGUCUGGAUCGGAAUGCUCUUUGCCAUGAUGCGGCUCUCCAUGCUGUCGUAUUAUCGAGAGGGUGAUGAACCUCCUGAGUUCAGGGGCAAAUCACUAGAUAUGGCUGGCACAUUUCGAAACCUUGUGGCGAUGUGUCUCACGCUGGCUGAUUAUACGAAACCCUAUCCGUACCUAAUUGAGUGCUUGGCAUUCCACCUCCAUGGAGAUUUCUGCCAAACAAAGGAGGCGGACAUCUCGGUUUGGGUUCUCAAUGGCGUUAUCGUUCGAUUGGCGAUGAGGAUGGGGUAUCACCGUGACUCAAAAGCAUUCCCAAACAUCACGCCUUUCCAGGGCGAAAUGCGCCGUAGGGUGUGGUCUUUCGUUCGACAGGCCGAUCUUCUCUUUUCCUGCCAAGUUGGGUUGCCUAGUAUGAUCCGUAUGGCGGACAGUGACACUGAGCUUCCACGCAACCUCUACGAUGAUGAUUUUGACGAAAACUGCAAAGAGCUUCCCCCUUCGCGGCCGCCGGGCGAGCCCACCCCACUUUCCUACCUUAUCACCAAGUCACGAUUAGCGAACGUUCUGGGCCAGGCGAUUGAGCAGACUGCCUCUCUCCAGAAUCCGUCAUAUGACAAAGUUAUGGAGAUGGACUCGGAGCUUCGCCGAGCGCGCGAUAUGAUACCGGAACACCUUCUUAUGCGGCCCUUCGAAGAGUCCCCGCUCGAUCCUCUUGUGCUUAUCAUGUCUCGCUUUUCUGUGAUGAGUGUUUACCACCGAGCGCAAUGUGUGCUCCAUCGAAAAUAUCUUCUUCGGGCUCGGGAAAACCCGCGGUUCACACACUCGCGCCGAACAUGCAUUGACUCAGCCUUGGAGUUAUUACGGUUUCAGUCGAUGCUCCAUGUGGAAACACGGCCGACGGGUCGAUUACGCAGUCGACAGAAUCGAGUAACAACGCUCAGCUCUAGUGAUUUUCUGCAAGCCGCCACGAUUCUGUGUCUCGAUCUCUACCAUGGAUACAAUUUGCCAAGUGCUUCCAGGACAUCUUCUGAUACCUAUGCCUGGGGUAGAGAAAGGCGGGAAGAGAUGAUGGCUGCUGUGCAACGAAGCAAAGAUAUUUGGGACGAGCUUCGGGACGAAACAAUGGAUGCAUGGAAAGCCAGCGGCGUUCUUGGCGUGAUGCUGACUGGCCUCCAGCAGCGGGGAAAGCUUGAAGGCACACCCGUGACUCCGGCGUUCGAGCCUCAAGAUGAGAAGCAAAGCGCCGCGAUGACCUUGGGGCUGCUCAGCAGUGGAAUGACCCCGAUCGGCCAGGGUGCAGCGUUUAAUGAUGCGUCCUUGAAAUCUACAGAACCUGCACUGCCUAGUCUCGGGGGAUUCGGAGUGCCAGAGGCAACCUCUGGUGCCUCCUCUAUAUUCAACAACAUGUUUGGCCAGAUGCCGGAUAUGCAGGUCAAUCUUGACUGGGAUGCUUGGGACAACUACAUUCAAGGCGGGACGCUCGACCCUUCGGGCACCUGGUGGUCUCCCAUGGAUAUACAACAAACCCCUGGUCCCUUAUCACCCCCACAACUAGCAGCGGCGCAGGGAAGCACUGCGGAUAGAAUCCGACCCCUACCCCGCACCACAAACUUGUUCCCCAACAAUGGGUAUUCCCUCCGCCGCGCCGCUUGUCGCCUUCUGGCGUCACCAGCUCCGAUAGUCCGAUCGAGAUUGACCGCAGUACCGCGCGCCCAUCGGCCCGUGAUUGCCCGUCGAACAUUUCUAUACAGUAGAUCGACGGCAGAGGAGGCGAAAGGCCCGUUGGAACCGAAAGAUGUCGCCGCGCCAAGUACAACGACGAAUACGCCUACAGUGACGAAUACGGGCGGUGCGACUACGAUAAAGAGAGCCACAGAUGACACGCUGGAUUCGCCAUCUCCAGUCGAGACUCCAGAGGCGACUGCUGCUGAGAAGGAAGUUGUGAAAGGGGAUCUGGAAGAUGGACUGGAGUCGAACACUUCGGAUACUGCGACUACGAGUAGCGUUCUAACAGAAGAGACAUCAGAAGAGACUGAGGAGAAGGAGCAAGAAGAUGGAGCAGCUAGUGGAAACACAUAUUCCACGGACUCGAACCAAACGACUCUCGCUGACAGUGUCCCAGCGGCACCCGGGUACAAGGUUGCGGCGGAAAAGAAGCCAGAAGAGCUUGAGCGGAGCUCGGCUAUUGGAGCUAUGCUUGCCCAAAUAACAAAGAUGGCCACAAGAGAUGAUGACGAAUAUGACGCCGACCAAAAUUUCGACAUCUCGCAAAUUAGGGAAGCAGCCGCUAAAGAAGCGAUGGCCGUUGCUUCAAAUAAACAUAUGACCCAUAGCGAGAAACUGGAGUUGUUGAGGCGAUUGCAAUAUGAACCCAGGGAAACAGUAUUCAUCGGGAACCUCUUUUACGACGUCACGGCGGAGGACCUCAGGAGACAGAUGGCCAAGUACGGCGUUGUGGAAGGCGUGAACAUUAUCUACGACAACCGGGGCAUUAGCAAAGGGUAUGGCUACGUACAAUUUAGUAGCAACGCUGCGGCAAAACGCGCCAUCGAUGCGAUGCAUAUGCGAGUAUUUGAGGGACGCCGUGUGACCCUGUACUAUGCACAGGCCAACCUCAAGAACAGCUGGAAGAAUCCCAAACCCACGAACACGCUCUAUAUCGGCAAUAUGCCGUUUGAGAUGACGGACCGAGACCUUCACGAUCUCGUCAAGGAUCUAGUUGGUCUAAUUGACGUGCGGGUAACGGUAGACCGCGAAACAGGUGCGCUCCGUGGAUAUAUUCACGCAGAAUUCCUUGAUAUCCAGAGUGCGAUGGUCGCACACGAAAAGCUUGCGCACCGGAAGCCUUACGGGCGGCGGCUGUUGGUGACUUUUAGCAACAAUACGAAGACGGCCCAAGGAGGCUUUCCUGUUGCUGUUUGA